AUGAGAAAGAAACGCCAAGAGAUCUCCACACAAAUCCUCAACAUCAAUGGCGUAUAUUCUCUUUCUUUGACGAGCUACACAUCAGAUUCCACCUCUCAAAUCCCGCCUCUACAUUUAACUACGAGACCUCUAACUUUAGCCCUUUUGCAAAACCACCCUUAAAUUUACAACAUUUCUUUCUGAUAUCCAUUACGCUGUUGAAUUUUGGAAGUGAGUGGAUCGGGUUAAAUUCUUUUCUCAGGGCCGGAUCGACGAGCCUCCACCUCGAACGAUCGCCAUUCGCCGGUCACCGGAGAUCGGAUCAAUCGCAUGCGAUGGGGUUUAUCCUUACAACUCUGAGUUUUCUAGCUAUCGGAAUCAUUGCUUGCCUUUGCGCUCGAAUUUGCUGCAACAAAGGCCCUUCCGCUAACCUAUUCCACCUUACAUUGGUGAUUACUGCAACUGUAUGCUGUUGGAUGAUGUGGGCAAUUGUUUAUCUUGCACAAAUGAAUCCUCUCAUUGUUCCAAUUUUGAGUGAAGGAGAAUGAGGGGUCCUAUGGAUGAAGAAAGUUGGUGAAUAUGGAAAAUAUUCACUAACUGUUGAAAUUUUUAUGUAUGUAUUUUUCUUUCUUUCUUAUAAUUCAUCAUUUUAAACAAAGUUUAUGUUUCUAAUGCCUCGUUUUUCUUCAUUUUAGUCGAUAAACAAUUUUUGUCA